UGUUCUUAGUUGGAGUUGAUUUGACACGGAACGUGGACGGGUAUACUGAGACGUCCGACCGAACUAAAGGUAUUUGUGCUGUUUUCCCACAGAAGCAAGAGCAGCGAAAAGGCAGAUCGCUACAUGUGGCAUUUUGUGCAGUGAAAUAAAUUGCUCGGUUGAUUACGCGAUACUUUUUCAUUUGUUCAGGUUGUAAGAAGAUUAACAAGUGCGGAGGUGAUGUUAAUUUGUGUUGAAAAAGGUGCAAAAUAAAGGAGGAAUUGUGAAAAGUUUACUAUAAUCUACCGUGGAAGAAAGAGGUGGUAACGAAUUGGCUUCUGCGAAGUGAAAAGUGCCCAAGGUGAAGGCUAAAGAUUAUCGACCGAAAAAGUGAUUGCAGAAACAAAAAAUAAAUAAUGUGCAAAAGAUCGGAUUCUUGUUUUGGCCAUUAGUGCUUUGUGCCAGUGAAAGGCCACUUCUAAUUAACCGGAUUAGUUGAGCCAAGUUCACCAAUUAGCGCAAUAACAUCAUUGAAUCAUUGUUGCGCUGGGAAAAAAGCCCGCAGCGUAGAAAGAACGGAUCAUCAACACAAGAAAUAUGUCAUCGACGGAGCUCUACGUGAAGGAUGCUCGUGUCUGGAUCCCACACCCUGAGAACGUUUGGCAAGGUGCCGUGGUACUUAGCGACUACAAGGAAGGCAGCAGCACACUCGAGCUCAUCACCGACCGACAGGUGAAGCACACGGUUCAACUAAAGUCCAAAAAUGAUCUUCCUCCACUGCGGAAUCCCGCAAUCCUCAUUGGUCAGAAUGAUCUCACGGCACUGUCCUAUUUGCAUGAACCGGACGUUCUGUACAAUCUGGAAGUCCGAUUCUGCGACCGGCACGCCAUAUACACCUACUGUGGGAUCGUGCUGGUGGCCAUCAAUCCGUACGCCGAACUGCCAUUGUAUGGAGCGGAUUUGAUUCGAGCCUAUCGAGGUCACUCGAUGGGCGAACUGGAGCCACAUAUUUUUGCCGUGGCGGAAGAGGCCUACGCUAAGCUAGAGCGGGAGAAAUGUGAUAUUAGUAUAAUUGUUAGUGGUGAGUCCGGUGCGGGCAAGACCGUAUCUGCGAAGUAUGCUAUGCGAUAUUUUGCAACGGUUGGCGGUAGUGAGUCGGAAACACAAAUAGAGAAAAAAGUGCUGGCCAGUAAUCCGAUCAUGGAAGCUAUCGGAAAUGCGAAAACAACGAGAAAUGACAACAGUUCGAGAUUCGGCAAGUUCACCAAACUGUUGUUCACCAACCACCUGUCGAUGAUGUCGUUGACGGGGGGCACCAUGCAGACGUAUCUGCUGGAGAAGUCACGCGUCGUUUUCCAAGCCCCGGGCGAACGAAACUAUCAUAUAUUCUACCAACUGUGUGCGGCACGGCAACGGUGGCCAGAACUUAUGUUGGAUCACCAAAACAAGUUUCACUUCCUGAACCAGGGCCAGUCGCCGGACAUUGCGAAGAUAUCCGACGAACUGCAGUUCCAGGAAACAAUCAAAGCCCUCAACAUUCUCGGUUUCGAUGAUCCGGAGAUCAGUGAUAUCAUGAAGAUACUUGCGGCUGUGCUGCAUCUGGGAAACAUUGAUUUUACCCACAAGUUCAAAAAGCAAACCCAGGAAGUGGACCAGGAGGCGUGCACUGUUGCGCCCGACGAUCUCCACCUGAACAUCUUCAGCGACAUCCUGAAGCUAGAACGAGAUGAACUGCGCAAAUGGCUCAUCACUCGCCAAAUCGAAUCCAUCAACGACAGCGUGUUGAUUCCACAGAACAAACCGCAAUCGGAAGCCGCCCGCGAUGCCCUAGCAAAGCACGUGUACGCUGAGCUGUUUCAGUACAUAGUGAAGAAAAUCAACCGCAAUCUGGCUGGGUCAAAAAAGCAGAGCUGUUUCAUUGGCGUUCUGGACAUCUAUGGCUUCGAAACGUUUGAUGUUAAUUCUUUCGAGCAGUUCUGCAUCAAUUACGCCAACGAGAAACUUCAGCAGCAGUUCAACCAGCACGUUUUCAAACUGGAACAGGAACAGUACUUGAAGGAAGGUAUCGAAUGGACAAUGAUUGAUUUCUAUGAUAAUCAGCCGUGUAUCGAUCUGAUCGAAUCUAAGCUGGGUAUUCUGGAUUUGCUGGACGAAGAAUGUCGGAUGCCACGAGGAUCGGAUGAAUCCUGGGUGGGGAAAUUGUUUGAAAAAUGCACCAAGUACAAACAUUUUGAUAAACCUCGCUUCGGUACCAGUGCUUUUCUCAUCAAGCACUUCUCGGACACGGUGCAGUACGAGUCACAGGGAUUUCUGGAGAAAAAUCGAGACACCGUAUCGAAGGAGCUGGUCAAUGUGCUUGCACUUUCCGGUAUGAAAUUGUGCCAUAAGCUGAUGACUGCACAAGAUGAGCAGCAAUCAACACCGGAAGCGGCAAGAAGUGCCGGAGUAAAACUGGUAGUUAGUGCAGCCAGGAAUCAGCCAGCCGAUAAAAGAAGAAAGCCAAUGACCCAAAAACAGCAACGGAAAACUGUUGGAUCGCAGUUCCGAGAAAGUUUGACGCUUUUGAUUACUACUCUCCACAAUACAACACCACAUUAUGUGAGGUGUAUUAAGCCAAACGAAGACAAAGCUGCCUUCAAAUGGGAAGCACCGAAAAUUGUCCAGCAGCUGCGAGCCUGUGGAGUACUGGAAACUGUUCGCAUCUCGGCUGCCGGAUUUCCGUCCCGCUGGACGUACGAGGACUUCUACGAUCGCUAUCGUCUACUGUGUAAACGGGUACAGAUCGUUGAUUGGAAUGUGAAGGCCACCUGCACCAACAUCGUGCGCAACUGGUUGAACGAUCCGGACAAGUACAGACUGGGAAACACGCAGAUCUUCUUCCGCGCAGGUCAGGUUGCCUAUCUCGAACAGCUGAGGAGUGACGUUCGCAAGAAACACAUUAUACUGGUUCAGUCACUGAUAAGGCGCUUUAUCUGUCGAAAGAAGUACUUGAGAUGGAAGAGAACCGCUCUCGGGCUGCAGCGUCACACUCGCGGAAUGUUGGCUAGAAAGCGAGCUGACAAUCUUCGGAAGAAUCGGGCUGCCAUCAAAAUCCAGCGUUAUGUUCGAGGGUGGCUUAAGAGAAUCAAAUAUCAACGAAUUCGGCGAUCAAUUUAUGGUAUACAAACUCAUGCGCGAGGUAUGCUGGCACGGAGAAAGUUCAAACAAGUGCUGGAUAACUACAAAGCAACUCAGAUUCAACGAUUCUGUCGAGGAUACUUGGCCCGUCAGCGAACUACCAAGCGACUGGCUGAUAUUGUCAAGUGUCAAGCUACCAUUCGCCGUUUCUUAGCUCGUCGAUUGUACAAGCGUAUGAAAGCCGAGGCGCGAACUAUCUCCCACAUUCAGAAGAUGUACAAAGGAUUGGAAAACAAGAUCAUCGAACUGCAGCAACGCUAUGAUCAAAUUUCAAAGGAGAACAAUGCUUUGAAGAAACAAAACAUCGAGAUCCCGGAGAUGCGUCAAAAGUUGGAAGCCAUGAAGAAACAGGGAAACGAACUAAAGGUUCUAAAGGCACAACUAGAACAGAAGGAUGAAAAGUUGUUGGUUGUCAUCAAACAGUUGGAGAACGAACGAGACGAGAAGAUGAUACUGCUGGAAGAGAAGCAAAAAGAAGAAGAGGAACGAGCGAAGGAACGCACUUUGAUGGAACAAGAUCUAGCUAAAAUGCGCGUUCAGGUUAAUGAGAUCAAUGACGUAACCAAAUUGGAAAGGGAUCGACUUCUCUCGCAGGCUGACUCUCAUGAAAUUCAUUCCGCUUAUCAACGAAUGGUCAAAGACAAAGAACUUUUAGAGAAUGACAAUCACGCACUGAGGCAUGAGUUGCGCCGGUUGCAGCAUAUCAUAAGCAAUUCCCAUGAGCUGAAAACUCAUUCACGCUCGAUUAGCAACGCUUCCAGUGCGAACGAAGAAGACUUCGGGUACAAUUCUGGCAAAAACACGUUGGAAAUUCGACGAUCUCCACCAUCAAACGAAGGUGAAAUUAAUAAUAAUGUUAAAUUAACCAGCGGUUCGCUGUUUAGUGCUAGUAGUACCCCAAAUGUCCCAUCCAAUAUUUCCACAUCGACCAGUACGGCAUCUGCUGCUGCUACUGUUACUGUGGCUGCCGCCCCAGUGCGUGGUGACAGCAGUUGCAGUACUUCUGCAAUAGGCAAUGCUUCUAGUCAAAACAGUUUCGAACCAUUAUCGAAAGGAAAAGUUCCUACCAUCGACUACGAUCGCAUCUAUAAGACUCCACCGGAGUCGUUUAGUAUGCUGAAAGACCACUCCACACCAAACACGCACGAAUCCCCUGAAAAGGACCAAACAACCAUUAUUUUGAAAAUGCGCCAACUGUUCGAAGAGGAGAAAUCCAAGAGUGACCAGUUGCGCAAGGAAGUCGCACGGCUACGUAAGAGCUCUUCUCUCAGCACAGAGGAUUCAAUACGAGCUUCCGAGAUGGAAGUGGAGUUCGAAAAACUGCGGCAGGAUUACAAUCUGCUGCGAAACAGCAUCAAACGGGGCGUUGAAGAUCGUGAAAUGGAAGCUCAAUACAGUGCACUGCAGGAGGAGCUGAAACGACGCCGUGACGAGUGCAUAUCACUGAAGGCCGUUCUGGCACAGCAAAGUCAAUCGCUGAGAACCCUAGGCCAGUCGCAUAUCAAUCCGAACGGUGAUACUAGCCUGAAGAUACACGACGAAGGUGAACUUUUGGAGGUACUUCAGGCAACGAAAUUGGUCAAUCGGCAGCUGGAGGCGGAGCUGAGUGCAAUGACGGAGGCUCAUAACGAGAGUCUGGUUGAAAGCAACAAGGUGUUCGAUGCGAUGAGAAAAGAGGUACAAGAUUUACAGAAUAUUCUACAAAACCGGCUGGAGAAUCCGACUGAGGCCAAUAUCGAUGCGCUGAAACAAAGUGAACAGUAUUUGAGACAUGAGUUGAAAAAAUCGACAGCAGCGUACGUAGAUUUGCAGGAGCAAUUGAAUGAGCUGCUGGUGAAAAUCAACGAACUGACCAAAAAGAAUAACAUAUUGUCGAAUCGGUUGCGAGAUCAUGGAUUGAAUGAUUCCAUCUUGAUGAACGAUGAAUUCCAAAAUAUGGUGGUUGUCAAGAAAAAGGCUCAGUCGUACCAGGGUAUACUGAAGUAUCGACAUGAGGAUGAAAACAAGAUCGUUCAACGGUUGGUGACGGACCUGAAACCCCGGGUGGCAGUGACCUUGAUACCGAGUUUACCCGCUUAUGUGGUAUUCAUGUGUAUAAGGUAUACGGACUUGGUUAAUACCGAUCAACACGUAAGAUCUCUACUAACUCGUUUCGUACAAAUGAUCAAAAAGUUGUACAAAUUACCGAACACUGCCGAAGUUCGUGUGAUGUGGCUAGUCAAUACUCUUACAUUACACAACUUGUUGAAACAAUUCGGAGGCUACCCAGAAUACAUGCAGUACAACAGUGACGCCCAGAAUCAGCAGCAGUUGAAAAACUUCGAUCUGUCCGAGUAUCGACAGGUGAUCCACGAAACGAUCAUCCUAAUGCACGGAGUUUUACUACGGCAAAUACAGGAAUCCAUAAAGCAGUUCAUUGUACCAGCCAUUCUGGAUCACGACGAAACGGCACGCGGUAAAAGCCGUCGGACGAUGUCGCUGGAUAUAUCGCCGGAAGAAAACCGCGAACCGAAGACGCUUGUGCAACAGCUAGAAACUUUCUAUAAACAUUUGUCCAGCUUUGGCAUGGAAAACUAUUACAUGGAGCAAAUUUUCAAGCAGCUAAUGUACUACAUCUGUGCUGUUGCCGUCAACAACCUGAUGCUUCGCGGUGAUCUUUGCAUGUGGAAAACCGGCAUGAAAAUUCGCUACAACGUGAGCUGUCUGGAGGGUUGGGUCCGAACAAUGGCAAUGGAUCCGGAAGUGGUGAAACCGCUAGAACCAUUGAUUCAAAUUUCCCGUAUUCUGCAAGCACGUAAAACCGAGGAGGAUGUCCAGACUCUGUUGGAACUUAGUACAUGCUUAACGACACCGCAAAUCUUAAAGAUCAUUAAGUCGUACACUACGGACGAUUGCGAAAAUGAAAUCAAGCCGAUAUUCAUUGAAAAAUUGACCAAGCAGCUUUACGAACGGCACAUGCAGAAUGAGUCGGACACGUAUAUGAUGGAUGAGGAAAUUGUUAGUCCACUGGUCGUAGUGUACAAAUACAGCGAAAUCAAUCUCGAAGAGAUUGAGAUACCAGAGGAAUUAAACCUAGAAGGUUUAAUCAUAAGGAUCUAAUUUUUGUGAAUGAGUAAAUAAACCUAAAAUUACUCGUUUGAAAGUGACCACAGCACUUAAAUGCAUGUCGUUACAUGUUGUUGCAUUGUUGAAGAUAUUGUGCGGAAAAAGACAGAGAUAUAUUUACAUAUUUCGUUUGUUACCAAUUGAGAACGAGUAGUAUUUAUCGACGUUCAGUCUUGGUGUGUUUGUAGAACAAAUGCACCAAUAGUAUCGUCGCAAACCUGAUUUUGUACAAGUGUAAUUGGCCUUUAAAACUAUUUAAAAAGAAACAAUCAAUACAGAUUUUUAAAAUCAACGGUAUCUGCCUUUAAAUUGUUAAUCUUCAAGUGCAUUUAUAAGUUACAGGGCUUCUCGUGCAGGGCCACACUCAAUAAUGUAUUAUAGAUUGUUUUCUAACCCUGAAUUUACAACCCACUGGAAAGAGAGAAUAACAAAGAAAGAAACGAAGUGCUUCAAUAAAUAGUAUUUAUCUAACCGUAGAGUUGAAGUUACAAGUAUUAUCCAUACUAUCAACACUCCAAUUUACUUAACGCAACUGAAAGUACACUUAGAACAAAUAUUUAUCAACCAUUUCCCAUAAGCAUUUAUCGUGAUAGAGCAGAGUUACUGUACUGUGAGUAGACAAAAUGUGGAUCAAUAAAAUAAUUAGUAAAUGGCUACAAUUAUACUGAACAAUGAAAAUAAAA